AUGCGCGCCGCGUCGCGCCCCGCGAGCGCGCGAGAGGGUCGAUCGCUCGCGCGAACGCGCGCGCGACGCCGCGAGACCGCUCGACCGCGAUGGCUCGACGUCGGCGCGUCGCCCGCGCGCGGGCGCGCGUCGAGGGCGAGCGCAGACGCCGGAGCGAGCGACACGCUCGACGCCGGCGGGACGGCGGUGAAGAAGACGUCGCUGCUCGUGAUCGGGGCCACGGGAACGCUCGGACGGCAAGUCGUGCGACGGGCCCUGGACGAGGGAUACGACGUGCGAUGCCUCGUCAGACCGAGGCUGAACCCGGCGGAUUUCUUGCGCGAUUGGGGUGCGACGACGGUGAGCGCGGAUUUGACCAAGCCGGAGAUGCUGCCGCCGGCGUUCGUGGGCGUGCACACGGUGAUCGAUUGCUCGACGGCGAGGCCGGAGGAGGACUCGUACGCGAUCGAUUGGGAGGCGAAAGUCGCGACGAUUCAAACGGCGGCGGCGAUGGGCAUCGCGCGGUACGUGUUCUUUUCGAUCGAUCAGUGUGAUAAGCACAGGGAAGUUCCGCUGAUGAACAUGAAGUACGCGGUGGAGGAGUACCUCAAGGUGAGCGGCAUGGAUUUCACCGUGUUGCGACUGUGCGGCUUCAUGCAGCCGCUCAUCGCGGGUUACGCCGUACCGGUGCUCGAGGAGCAACCGCUUUGGGGCACGGACGACGACACGAGAACGGCGUAUCUCGACACGCAAGACGUGGCGAAGAUGACGCUCGCGGCCGUAAGACGCGAUGAGGCGGCGAACAAGGUGUUGACGCUCGCCGGACCGAAAUCGUACAGCGUCCGCGAAGUCAUCGCCCUGUGCGAAAAGCUCGGCGGCGCCGAGGCGAAAGUGCAAAAAGUUCCGGUCGGUCUAUUAAAGUUUACUCGCGCUUUCACCCGCUUUUUCCAGUGGUCUUCGGCCGCGAGUGACCGUCUCGCGUUCGCGGAGAUCCUCGCGAGCGGCAUCAAGUUUGACGCCGACAUGACGGAGACGUACAAGAUUCUGGGCAUGAGCGAAGAUGAAGUGACGACGCUAGAGCAGUAUUUGGAGGAAUACUUCUCGAAGAUUCUGAAAAAGUUGAAAGAAGUCGGCGGCGAAUCGAGACAGCGCGACUUCUACCUCUAA